AGUUAAAACAAAACCAAAACCAAAACCUAUCUCACUCUCUUCUCAACACAUCAUGGAUUUCACUCCUCCGCCCAUCGAAGACGGUUACGCCGCGGAGAAGCUUUUCAACAGCGGCUUCUCUUACACCUACGAUGACCUUAUCUUCCUCCCUCACUACAUCGACUUCGCCGCCGAUGCCGUCGACCUCUCCUCCCGUCUCAGCCGCAACAUCCCUCUUUCUACUCCCUUCGUUGCUUCUCCCAUGGACACCGUCUCCGAAUCUGCCAUGGCUUCCGCCAUGGCCGCACUCGGAGGAAUCGCUAUUAUUCAUCCUAACACCACUCCCUCACGUCAAGCCGCCUUUAUCCGCGCCGCCAAGUCACGCCGUGUUCCCAUCCUCUCCGACCCCGUCUUCUUCUCUCCCUCCGACGUUAUCGAUUCCGAAGAAGAUUUUGCAGCUUCUCCUUUCAUCUUAGUAACAGAGUCCGGUCAUUCCAAAGGGAAGUUUCUCGGUUUUGUUUCAAAGACUAAUUAUUUGAAUCAAAACGAUAAGGGCGCGAGAGUUUCCGAUUAUAUGGAACCUCCACCGGCUGCUCUUCCAUGGAGCUCUGACCUUGCGAGAAUCGAAGAGGAGUUGGAGAAUAAAAAGGAAAAUGUUGUUGCUUUAGUGAAGGAUGACGAGGUGGUGGAUUUGGUAAGUAAGGAGGAGGUUGAUAGGGUGAGAGGCUAUCCGAAAUUGGCAAGUGGAGGAUCGGUUGGGGCCGAUGGAGAGUGGCUGGUGGGUGCGGCGAUAGGGACAAGGGAACAAGAUAAGGAGAGGUUAGAGCAUUUGGUGAAAGCUGGUGUGAAUGCUGUAGUGUUGGAUAGUUCUCAAGGGAACUCUAUUUAUCAAUUGGAGAUGAUUAAGUAUGUGAAGAAAGUUUAUCCUGAGUUGGAUGUUAUUGGUGGGAAUGUUGUCACUAUGUAUCAAGCUGAUAAUUUAAUUCAAGCUGGCGUUGAUGGCUUGAGAGUUGGUAUGGGCUCUGGUUCUAUUUGUACCACUCAAGAGGUUUGUGCUGUUGGGCGUGGUCAGGGAACUGCUGUAUACAAGGUCUCAUCCAUUGCUUAUAAAAGUGGAGUUCCUGUGAUUGCUGACGGUGGUAUCUCAAACUCUGGUCAUAUUGUGAAGGCUUUGUCGUUGGGAGCAUCAACUGUUAUGAUGGGAAGCUUCUUAGCUGGUAGCAUUGAGGCUCCUGGGGCUUAUGUAUAUCAGAAUGGCCAACGAGUAAAAAAGUAUAGAGGAAUGGGUUCCCUUGAAGCUAUGACUCAAGGCAGUGAUCAAAGGUACCUUGGUGAUACAGCAAAACUUAAAAUUGCUCAGGGGGUUGUUGGAGCUGUUAAAGAUAAGGGUUCCGUCUUGAAGUUCGUUCCAUACACCAUGCAAGCUGUCAGGCAAGGGUUUCAAGAUAUUGGUGCCAACUCUUUGCAGUCUGCACAUGACCUUCUAAGAUCCAGGGUGUUAAGGCUAGAGGUUCGUACUGGAGCAGCACAGGUUGAAGGUGGAAUUCAUGGGCUGGUUUCUUAUGAAAAGAAAUACUAUUGAAGUAUGAGACCAUCAUAAAUCAAAAGCUGUGUAGAAGUUGUUGCAAUUAGUAUAAAAGAUGGGAGCACCUCCAUUGGAGACCCACUGUGAUUUCGCGGAAUAUAAUCUGGGUUUCAUGCUAGACAUUACUAUUUCAUGUUCUCUUUUUGCCUUCUCAAUGUUAAUUUUUACGGAUUGUUUUAAAUUUUGCCUUCUAACGUAAUUAGUAAUGUCAGGUGAAUUGAAGAAAUUGUUAUAAUGGGUUAGUUGGGAUGUAGACGAAAUGGUAAACACCAUGAAAAAUCUUCAGUCUAACAAUAUUACAUUGUGAUGGAGUUAGGUCUUACUGACAUGGAUCUUAUGGUUUUAUUAUAAACAAUUUUUUCUUUCACA